AUGAACAACCAAGAAAAAGUGCAAAUUCUAUUAAUUUAUGAUGUCAAUCCCCAUUGGGCAGUGGAUAAUCGUUACCAAACUGUGUGGGGUACUAAUGUUUGGUGUGGACUUAUUGGUGGAAAAUUGUUAGGUCCGUAUUUCUAUGAAGAAAACUUAACUGCAAGGCGAUAUUUAGCAUUUUUAACAAAUGUUUUACCACUGAUGUUGGAAAAUGUACCAUUAGCUACACGUCAAACCCUCUAUUUUCAGCAGGACGGAGCUCCUGCUCAUAAUGCGCGUAUUGUUCGAGAUUACAUGAAUCGGGUAUAUGAGGGAAAAUGGCUUGGCACUUAUGGACCCAUUGAAUGGCCAGCAAGAUUUCCAGAUAUUACAUCACUUGAUUUUUUUUAUGGGGACAUUUGA